AUGCGCUUCUACGCCACACACUUUGGAAUACGGGAGCCCUAUCAACUCAUCGUGGACGGGACUUUCGUUGCUGCUUGCAUUCGUCAUAAAGUGCAUGCAGCAGAUUUGCUGCCGCGGGUUCUUUGCGGCAAAACCCGCAUGCUGGUGACCCCUUGUAUUAUGAAAGAACUCCGCAGCCUCCCUGGAGCAGAAGGGGCCGCUGCACAAGCCAAGCGCUACCCAAGGUAUCCGUGUAAGCAUGAAGAGGAGGCAGCAGCUGCAGCAGCAGCAGCAGCAGCAGCUGCUGCUGCUGCUCUUGCAACACCAGUGGUAGAUGACUCAGACGCAACAGCAGCAGCAUCAGCAGCAGCAGAUGGCGCAGCAGCAACAGCUGCUGCAGAUCCUGCUGCUUCUGCACCUCCAGCUAAGAAGCAAAGGAAAGACAGAGGACAGAGCAGCAGCAGCAGCAGCAGCAACAACAACACUGCAGCAGAAGCAGCAGCAGACGCGAGCGAGCCUCCCCACCCGCAUCAGAAGCAGCAGCAGCAGCAGCAGCAGCAGCAGCAGCGUGCACCCAAAAAGCAGCUAUUUGAAGAUAGCAGCAGCAGCAGCGAUGAAGAGGACCCCUCCCCACCCAGCAGCAGCAACAGCAGCAGCAGCAGCAGCAGCAGCAGCAGCAAGACGCUGAAUAUCCCGAAGCAAAAGUUUCUUAACCACCCGGCAUUGGUUGGAGGGCAGCUGCCCAGCGAGUUUGGGGUUAGGAGACAGCAGCAGCAGCAGCAGCAAAGCAUUGCAAGCGCAGCAGCAGCAGCAGCAGCAGCAGCAGCGCGGCACCUGGGGCAGCUGAACCUUCCGGCUGCUGCUGCGGAGACAGAGGGUGCAGCAGGAAAGGAGACAGACCCUGCUGCUGCUGCUGCUGCUGCAGCAGAGACACUGCCCGAUGCUUAUAGCUGCAUUGUUAGGCUAGCAAACAAACAAGAAGAGCGAAAAAUAUGCGUCGCUACGCAGGACCAAAGGCUUAGAGAAAGACUCAGGCGAAUACCUGGGCUGCCUCUAUUAUUUUUGUUUAACGGAGUCUUGCAAGUGGAGCCUCCGACGAAGUUUUCGCUGAUGAGGGCGCAGCAGAAGCAGCGCAGCAAAACAGCAGGCGCUGCUGCUGCUGCUGCUACUGCUGCUGAGAAGCAACGCCUGGCUAUUCAACGGAAGCUGCAGCUGGAGCAGCAGCAGCAGCAAGGAAAGGACUGCACUGUGCUGCUGCAGCAGCUGCAACAAGAAGAAAUACAGCAGCAAAAGGAACAGGAGAAAGCUGCCAAGAAAAAGAAAAACAACCGGGCGUCAAGAAGGUCCGUUCGCGUCGCUUCAACAAGGCAGAAGGAGACCGAGAAGGGAAGGAGGUUUACAAUGGAGCUAGGGGGGUGCGCAGACAGCAGGACACCCUUAACGGCUCCUCCUCGUAUUGCUAACCCCUUAAAUAUAUCAGACAGUGCUAAACCCUAUCAAAAGGGCUGGGCUUUAGGCGGUGCUUCUGAGCGCUCUCAAACCCCUGGGGGCCCCUGGGGGGCCCCCCAGCAACGGCCGGAUGCUACGGGGUAUCAUGUUGCUUACGACGGGGACCCUCGACAAAGGAGCCGACGAAAGACAGAGUGGAUAUCAGUUUUAUGUCUCCUUCUUUUCUUUGGUGGUUUGGGGGCCCUUUAUUGUCUCCGCUACGUCUCUGAUACUCCCGCCCAGGACAUGGUGCGCCUUGUUGAUGCUUCGCCUGAAAAUAAUUCCUUUCUCUUCCGGUCUCCGAUGCCUCUCGCCCCAGGCGGAGGUUCUAUCCUGAUUGACCGCCUGAAGGCCGCCAUGCAGCACCAAGCAGAGCUUGCGGGUUUUCAGCUGCCUGAGGCAUUCGAACUUAGGGUUUUUCCUCUCGUUUGGGAUGGACAUAACAAUGCUCUGAACGAGAGGUGCGAGUUGAGUCGAGAGGUUUGUUUGUUUGAGGGGAGCAGCAACUCUGCGGUGUCUGUACACCACUGGCCCCUUUACGGGGAAAGUGUAAACCCUUACGACGUCCCUGAACCGAAUCGCAUUGCAAUGGCGAAGAAUUUGGCGUCGUGGUGCGGAGACUUCUUAGUACAGCGGGUAGACCUUCUUUAUACGCAGCUGCAUUUAGGUGCUGCUGCUGCUGCUCCUGCUGCUGCUGCUGCUGCGCCUGAGGCCGGUGCAGCAGCAGCACCGCGUACUCUUGCUGGGGUUGAGACUCAAGACAAUCCGUCUACUGCUGCAGAAGCAGCAGCAACUGCUGCUGCUGCUGCUGCUGCUGCUGCAGAAGCAGCGAAGAAUGCCCAAGCAGCAGCAGCAUCGGCAGCAAAUCUAGCAGCUGCUGCUGCAGCUGCUGCUGCUGCUGCUUCUCCAUCCCACUCUGCAUGCAAUAAGUGCUCAAGCUGCAGCAAGAUGAAGCACUGCCAGAAGCAGAAGCAGCAGCAGCAGCAGCAGCAGCAGCAGGAGCCGCACAAGGUUCACAAUCAUCAUAAAGGCAAGCUGGAGGAGACAUCGGCUGCUGCUGCUUUGACUACAGCAGCCGCAGCAGCAGCAACAGGAGUUGUUAGCAGCCCCACCAGCAGCACCAGCAGCAGCAGCAGCAGCAGCAGCAACAGCAGCAGCAGCAGCAGCAGCAAGAAGGCCACAGUGGUUCUGCUGCACUGUCAUCAUGGUAGAGACAGGACAGGUUUAAUUGUCGGAGCCUAUAAAAUGAAGUACUUAGGGUUUUCGCUUGCAGAUGUCUGGAGAGACAACCGAGCGUUGGGCAUGGAGUUGUUUGAGGCUUUAAAUUCUUUGCUGUGGUUUUGUUUAUACUUGCAAGAGGGUUUAGGUGUACGUACAGCUGAAUGCUUUGAUAUAUAUACAGAGCAGCAGCAGCAAAAUAAACAGCUGCUGCUAAGUGCAAACGGAGAGGGCUUAAGAGAUAUACCCUGGCCUCCAUCAAGGCCCCCAGAAGAGCUGCUGCAGAGACACAAGCAGCUGCAGCAGCAAGAGCUGCAGCAGCAGCAGCAGCUGCUGCAGCAGCAGCAAAAGUUGCAGCAACAGCAGCAACAACAGCCCAACAAACAUGAGCUUUUCUUCAGGGGACCUGCUAAAGAUAAUCCCCUGCAGCAAGACCAGCAGCAGCACCCACAGCAGCAGCAGCAGCACCCACAGCAGCAGCAGCAGCAGCCACAGCAGCAGCAGCAGCAGCCACCGCAGCAGCAGCAGGGGGAGGUGACUGCUGCUUCAACACCUCUAAAUGAAGGCAGCAGCAACAAUGCAAGUGCUGGAGGAGGAGAAAACAAAGAUGACGCUGCAGCAGCAGCAGCAGCAGCACCACGUGAAUCAGAAACAGCAGCAGCAACAACAACAACACCCGAAGCAAAAGCAGCAGCAGCACAAACUCCCGCAGAAGCAGCAUCACAUGAGCAGCAGGCAGGCCCUGUCUCUGAUGCAGCAGCACCAACAGCACCAUCGCCAGCAGCAGAUGCAGCAGCUUCAGCAGCAGGAGCAGCUCCAGCAGCAGCAGAUGCAGCGGCAACAGCCCCAGCAGCAGAAACAGCAGUUCCAGCAGCAGCAGCAGCUCCAGCAGCAGCAGCAGCAGCUCCAGCAGCAGCAGCUCCAGCAGCAGCAGCAGCAGGAGGGAACUAG